AUGUUUUCAUAUAAUUAUACUAAUCCAUGUAAUAAUGAAAUAACUAACAAUUGUUAUCCAUCUAGUUGUUAUCGUCCUUUACAACAAAUUUAUAAAACAACCUAUUCACCAAUGUAUGGAAAUAAUAAUGCAUCGAAUGUAAAUCUCGCUUGUAUUUGUCGUCCAGCAGAAAGAUACAAAACAACAAAUAUGUCUUAUGGUAGUUUUUACUAUGAUAAUCAACUAUCAACACAAAAAGAUCGAGCACUUAAUUAUGAUAGAGCCAUAUUUGCACGAUGUUAUGAUAAUAAUAAAAAAAUGGGAUAUCAAACAAUGAAUAACGAUCGUAAAAAAGAAGCUUUUACAAUUUCAAAUCCAUCUAAUGUACAAGAAAAUCAAUUAUGGACUCAAACAACAAGUGAUGCUUGUUGUCCAACAGAUUGUUGUACUAAUGUAAACAAUUGUUCAACCUAUCAAACUAAUAAUCCAUGUUCUCAAAUAACUGUUCCAUCAACAAUAAACAAAAUUUCCGAUCAAUUUGUUCCUUGUUUAUGA